CAAAGCUCAGUCUCUCGGGUACGCAGCUUUCCGAUCCACCCGGCGCGAUGCGUUCCACCGUGUUUGCAAGGAUGCAGCGUUCUUGCGUGCAAUAAAUGGUCAGCGAUCAUUGCACGGCAACCAACGCUCGGUCGGGCUGAGCGAGAGGGCGAGUAGUUGGAGAGAAGAAUGGUAGAGGCGACGACGUCGGAGCGCCAUGGCGAAGGUCUUCCCCGAACGCUCUGUUGCCGAGAACUCCAGCUCCAGGAGUUCCCCGACAAGUACGUCAUCCGAUCGCUCGACCCCGACGCACCCGACCACGCCUUCUCCGUCGGCCGCUCCGACGGCCAUCUUCAGCCCCACUCCGGAGAUCUCGGUUCUGAAACUCCUUUUAAAGUUGCAACAAUUUAUGGAGUGGCUGGCGUUAUAAGAUUGCUUGCAGGUCUCUUUCUUGUCAGUGUACAAUUGUAUAAACUUAUCACGUUUCUCCAUACUCACUGUCAAGUUUAAUGGCAUUUAGGAACAUAUGUUCUAGUUAUCACUGCUCGGAAGGAAGUUGGUACUUAUCUUGGUUAUUCUAUUUACCGUGUGAAGUCCAUGAGAUUUCUCUCCUGCAAUGAGGCUUUGAGGCAUUCAACUUCACAAGAAAAGAAAGAUGAGGCUUACUUUAUGUCUCUCCUUAGAACAGUGGAAUCAACCCCUGGGUUAUAUUAUUCGUACGAAAGGGAUAUAACAUUAAACUUACAGAGGGCAUGCAAGUUAGAUGAAGUAAGGGUGCACAAACCGCUCUGGAAACAGGGUGAUCCCCGCUUUGUUUGGAACCGAAACUUGUUGGAGGAGCUUAUCGAAAUAAAGCUUGAUGCGUUCAUCAUCCCCUUGAUACAAGGAAGCUUUCAGAUGGUACAGUUUACCCUAAAAAAAUCACCUGUCAAAAUUACUUUGAUUUCACGAAGAUGCAACAGGCGUCUAGGAACAAGAAUGUGGAGAAGAGGAGCUAAUCUUGAUGGUGACACAGCUAAUUUUAUUGAGACUGAGCAGUUGGUUGAGUUUGAAGGUCUUAAAUCCUCAUUUUUACAGAUUCGAGGUUCUAUUCCACUUCUUUGGGAACAAAUAGUAGACUUGAGCUACAAGCCACAACUUAAUAUAAUUAAUCAUGAAGAAAUGCCAAAAGUUGUGGAGCGCCAUUUCCAUGAUCUAUUACAAAGAUAUGGGGAGACUGUGGCGAUUGACCUAACUGAUAAACAUGGUGAUGAAGGUGAGCUAAGUCGUGCAUUUGCUGCUGAAAUGGAAAAACUUCCUCAUGUCAGAUACGUGUCUUUUGACUUCCAUCACAUUUGUGGCAAGGGGAACUUUGAUGAUCUACGACUUCUUUAUAAUCAAAUAAAAGAAAAUGUUGAAAAACAAGGAUAUUUUCUUGUCAAUGCUGAAGGCGAAAUACUAUCAGAGCAGAAUGGAAUAAUGAGGGUGAAUUGCAUUGAUUGCCUAGACCGAACGAAUGUCACUCAGAGUUAUCUAGCCAGGAAAUCAUUAAACUCCCAACUGCAAUGCAUGGGAGCAUUUUCUUCCAGUGAAUGCAUAUCCAUGUAUGAUGACAUUUAUGAUAUGUUCAAGAUAUUAUGGGCAGAACAUGGAGAUGAGAUCAGCUUGGAGUAUGCUGGUACUCAUGCCCUAAAGGGGGACCUUGUCAGAUAUGGGAAACAGACUCUGGCUGGAUUAAUAAAGGAUGGCAUGAGUGCUCUCUCACGCUAUUAUUUGAAUAACUUUCAAGAUGGCAUUCGGCAAGAUGCAAUGGAUCUUAUUAGUGGCCGUUACUCAGUCAGCAGAAAUAGUCCAUCUCCUUUUCAGCUAAAUGCAUUUGAGUCAUUAUCGUAUCUUCCAGUGGCAUCAGUUCUCAUUGUUGGAGGUCUUACAUUAACAACAUUAACGUUAAAUCAAGCCAGACACAACGCACAGCACUUCGUUUCUUCUGUAGUUUGGGCUGGCUUGACAGCUGGAGUGAUGGCCCUUGUGAAAGCAAAUGGGAAGCAAUUCUGCUCCAGGCCACGUUUGUGUGGCCCCUUGUAGCUUUUUGGUCUACUUUGGUCUUGGCGAUUCUUAAAGCAAAACUAUUAUACGAGUGGAAUUCGUUUGUCAUAUGUAAUAGUGGAAUAAUGUGAAUAUCAAAUUAUCAGAAAAUCCACAUGUUGGAAGUAAUGAUAUAUGUGAACCUACGAGGAAUUCAUGAACCAGGAGCUUCCAGUCUUGUUUGA